GCGGGAUGUGGGACUUUCAGCUUCUGGGAAGGGACUGGCCUCCAGAUGUUUUUGUGGUCACUCAGAGGACGUGAAUUUUUCCAUGGCCGGUUUCGCUCUUGCUGUUUCCUUCCAGCCGGGAGAGGCGUGGUCCGCAGUGGGCAGCUCUCACCGCUCCCCGACCUCAGAAGGCUGCCAGGGCCCCACUUCCUGCUGAGUGAAAGCAGAGUCCUCUGUGAGCUACUAGGGCACCGCUGCCUUGGAGUCCAGACCUGCUUCCCACCACAGCCGUCCCCUCUGUGCAACGGUGCCUCAUACCAUAGACAGCCUCCUGGUAACCCGCAAAUUGGCGCUGAGCAGUCAUGAGGCUGUGACGUCCUGGCUGACACCUGGACCAUGAGGGACCACCCCUGAAGCAGCCUGGUGACCGCGCCUACCUUGGUGACUUCACUGGCCUGGAAGGACCAUGUUCCUGGGGAAGAGAGAGAGAGAGAGAGCGAGAAAGUUCCCAUCUGUUGGUUCACUCCCCAAAUGCCCACCACUACCCAGACUGGGCCAGACUGAAGCUGGACAUCCAGAACUCAGCCUUGUCAGGAAAGAAGAGACGGAGCCCAAAGCCAAGGCCAGAGCAGGUCAGUGGAUCCCAUAUACCACCUACCAUGGUUUGCCCGUGAGACUGGUGGAUGGAGGUGACCGGUGUCAGGGCCGGGUGGAGGUCCUGUACCAAGGCUACUGGGGCACCGUGUGUGACGACAGCUGGGACACCCAGGAUGCAGAUGUUGUCUGUCGGCAGCUUGGCUGUGGCCGUUCCGUGUCUGCCCUGGGCGGGGCUCACUUCGGUCAGGGCUCGGGGAACGUUCUCUUGGGCGCUGUGUACUGCUCAGGAUGGGAGCCUGAUCUGUCGAGCUGUCCUCAUGACGGGUGGUACAACCACGAGUGUGGCCACAGGGAAGACGCCGGAGUCGUGUGCUCAGAUUCCGUGUCUUCCCCAGGGGCACCUGUGGAGACGACGACGACAGAAGACACGUGGCCGACCACGGUCAUCCAUGAGUCCACCCCAGUUUUCCCAUCUGGAUUGGAACUGCGACUGGCGAAUGGAGGUGACCGCUGCCAGGGCCGGGUGGAGGUCCUGUACCAGGGAUCCUGGGGCACCGUGUGUGACGACGGCUGGGACAUCAAUGACGCCCAGGUGGUGUGCAGGCAGCUGGGCUGUGGCAUGGCUGUGUCGGCCCCAGGAAGUGCGCGGUUUGGUCAGGGCCCUGGCCAGAUUGUCCUGGACGAUGUGAGCUGCUCCGGGCAGGAGGCGUACCUGUGGAGCUGCCACCACCGCGGCUGGCUCUCCCACAACUGUGGGCACCAGGAGGACGCGGGAGUCAUCUGCUCAGGUGCCAUGGACACGACCACACCCCUACCAGACACGUGGCCGACCACGGUCAUCUAUGAGUCCACCCCAGUUUUCCCAUCUGGAUUGGAACUGCGACUGGCGAAUGGAGGUGACCGCUGCCAGGGCCGGGUGGAGGUCCUGUACCAGGGAUCCUGGGGCACCGUGUGUGACGACGGCUGGGACGUCAAUGACGCCCAGGUGGUGUGCAGGCAGCUGGGCUGUGGCAUGGCUGUGUCGGCCCCAGGAAGUGCGCGGUUUGGUCAGGGCCCUGGCCAGAUUGUCCUGGACGAUGUGAGCUGCUCCGGGCAGGAGCUGUACCUGUGGAGCUGCCACCACCGCGGCUGGCUCUCGCACAACUGUGGGCACCAGGAGGACGCGGGAGUCAUCUGCUCAGAUUCCAUGGCCAUGGCCACACCCCUACCAGACACGUGGCCGACCACGGUCAUCUAUGAGUCCACCCCAGUGCACAUAUCCGGUUUGCAGCUAAGACUGGUGAAUGGAAGUGACCGGUGUGAGGGCCGGGUGGAGGUCCUGUACCAGGGUUCCUGGGGUACCGUGUGUGACGACAGCUGGGACCUCAACGAUGCCAGCGUGGUCUGCAGGCAGCUGGGCUGUGGUACGGCCCUGUCUGCCCCAGCCAGUGCCCAGUUCGGUCAAGGCUCGGGGUCGAUUGUCCUGGAUGACGUGAGCUGCUCAGGCAGCGAGCCCAACCUGUGGAGCUGUUCCCACCGCGGCUGGCUCUCCCACAACUGUGGACACCACGAGGACGCGGGAGUCGUCUGCUCAGGACCGGAUUCGCGUUUGGCUGUGAGACUGGUGAAUGGAAGUACCCGGUGCCAGGGCCGGGUGGAGGUCCUGUACCGGGGCUCCUGGGGCACCGUGUGUGAUGACAGCUGGGACAUCAACGACGCCAGCGUGGUCUGCAGGCAGCUGGGCUGUGGCUGGGCUGUGUCAGCCCCAGGAAGUGCCCGCUUCGGGCAGGGUUCGGGAUCCAUUUUCUUGGAUGAAGUGUCCUGCUCAGGCCAAGAGCCGUACCUGUGGAACUGCUCACACCGUGGCUGGCUCUCCCACAACUGUGGGCACUAUGAGGACGCAGGAGUCAUCUGCUCAGAUGGAUGGACAACCGUAACGCCGCCUGCACCCACCACAGAUUGGUGGGAACCAACAGUCACAACCACUGUAGGGCCCUCUUCAAACUGCGGCGGCUUCCUGUACAAUGCCACGGGGAGCUUUUCCAGCCCGUCCUACCCUGGCUACUACCCCAACAAUGCCCUGUGUGUCUGGGAAAUAGCCGUGCCUUCUGGUUACCUCAUCAACCUGGGCUUCAGCCAGCUGCGGUUGGAGCAGCACAGUUAUUGCGAUUUUGAUUACGUGGAAAUCUUCGAUGGAUCACUGAAUAGUAGUUUGCUGGGGAAAAUCUGUAAUGACAGCGGGCAGAUAUUCACGACUUCCAGCAAUCGAAUGACCGUUCUGUUCCGAAGCGACAUCAGUGUCCAGAAUACGGGCUUUUUGGCUUGGUAUAAUUCCUUUCCCAGAGAUGCCAGCUUGAGAUUGGUCAGUGGAAAUUCCUCCUACGGCGCCUGUGCUGGGCGUGUGGAGAUUUACCAUGGCGGCAGGUGGGGAACCGUCUGCGAUGACUCCUGGGACACUCAGGAUGCCCAGGUGGUCUGCCGGCAGCUGCAGUGUGGAGAUGCGGUGUCCGCCCCAGGAGGUGCCUACUUCGGCUCAGGCUCUGGCCCCAUCACCCUCGAUGACGUGAACUGCUCAGGCACAGAAGCCACGCUCUGGCAGUGCCGGAGCCAGAGCUGGUUCUCCCAUAACUGUGGGCACCACGAAGACGCCAGUGUCAUCUGCACAGGAAACUAUGGAACAACAACUGCUUCUGUGCCCAACAUCUCCACCUCAAAUGCAAGUUAUUCCUGUGGAGGCUUCCUGUCCCAGCACUCCGGACGCUUUUCCAGCCCCUUCUAUCCCGGAAACUAUCCCAACAACGCCAGAUGUGUGUGGGACAUUGAGGUCCAAAACAACUACCAAGUGACCGUGACCUUCACUGAUGUCCAGCUGGAAGGCGGCUGCCAGUACGAUUAUAUCGAAGUCUUCGACGGCCCCUACCAUAGCUCCCCCCUCAUCGCUCGGGUCUGUGACGGGGCUCGGGGCUCCUUCACCUCGUCCUCGAACUUCCUGUCGGUUCGCUUCGUCAGUGACGGCAGCAUCACGAGGAGGGGGUUCCAGGCGGAGUUCUACUCCCUCCCCUCCAAUGACAGCACCAACCUCCUUUGUCUGAUGAACCACAUGCAAGCCAGCGUGAGCAGGGCCUACCUGCAAUCCCUGGGCUUCUCCGCCUGGGACCUCGUCGUCUCUGGCUGGAAUGGGACCUACCAGUGUCAGCGCCAGAUAACGCCAAGCCAGGUGAUAUUCACGAUUCCCUACUCGGGCUGUGGCACCAUCAAACAGGUGGACAACGACACCAUCACCUACUCCAACUUCCUCAAAGCCGCUGUUUCGAGUGGGGUCAUCAAGAGGAAGAAGGACCUGCACAUCCACGUGAGCUGCAGGAUGCUGCAGGACUCCUGGGUGCAUACCAUGUACAUUGCCAACGACACCAUCGAGGUCAGCGAGGUCCAGUACAGCAACUUCAACGUGAACGUCUCCUUCUACACGUCCUCCUCCUUCUCCUACCCCGUGACCAGCAGCCCCUACUACGUGGACCUGGACCAGAAUCUGUACCUUCAGGCUGAAAUCCUGCAUUCUGACGCCUCCCUGGCCUUAUUUGUGGACACCUGUGUGGCAUCGCCAAACCCCAACGACUUCACCUCUGUGACCUACGACCUAAUCCGGAGCGGGUGCGUGAGGGAUGAAACCUACCGAUCCUACGCCCAGCCAUCGCCCCGCGUCGUGCGCUUCAGGUUCAAUUCCUUCCACUUCCUGAACCGCUUCCCCGCCGUGUACCUGCGGUGUAAGAUGGUGGUGUGCCGGGCCUACGACUACUCCUCCCGCUGCUACCGGGGCUGCGUGGUGCGCUCCAAGAGAGACGUGGGCUCCUACCAGGAAAGGGUGGACGUCGUCCUGGGACCCAUCCAGCUGCUGGACCCCCCUGCAGGGAAGAAGAGCCCGGGGAAGGGGUCUCCCUGAGACCCCCACUGCCCACGGGGCCGAGGCCCAUGAUGCUCUGCGCUCACUUGUUUCUGCUGGCCUCCUGUUCCGCUGCGACGACAGAGCGCCUACUGUGUGCCAGGCCACACGCAUUGGACUUGACCCAGUUCCUGCUUUCCCUCAAGGCUCCCGUGUAGGGUGUGAUCGAGAGUGCUCUGGCCUGGGAGGCAGGUGGACUUGACCCCUGACCCUUCUGUGCAUCUGUGAAAUAAAAAUGUUGAUCCUCACCUCUUAGAGCUGUUGAGAGAGAAAUAAAGUCCUGUCCGUUCAACCGC